AAGCCUCCUAGUUCCUCCAUCACAUUACAUUCAUUCAUUUCAACGUUCUCUCUCUCUCUCUCUCUCUCUUUCCUCUGAGAUCAGCCCGCGACAUGAACCCUGCCCUUUGCUUUAUAUUAAUGGUUGCGUGAAGCAUAAGUUUGGAAUAAUAUUCCUUGUGUUCUCUACUCUCUAGCUAGCUACCUUCUUGGAGAUUUGGUAAUUAUUGCAAACACAACAUCACGUUUCUAAUAAGUUUGUGUUUCUCGAAAUGGGGAAGAAAACAGAGCUGAAAGAUCACAAGGAGACAACCAAAGUUGAAGCUGUUCUUGAGCUUCUCAGAAAACAAACACCUCUCACUGUUAAACAGGAGAAGUUUUGCAACUAUGCUUGUGUGAAACGGUUCCUGAAAGCAAAAGGGGAUAAUGUGAAAAAAGCUGCGAAGCAACUCAAGGCUUGUCUUGCUUGGAGAGAGAGUGUCAUCACUGAUCACUUGAUAGCAGAUGAUUUCUCAGCUGAACUGGCUGAUGGGUUGGCCUAUGUGAGUGGUCAUGAUGACGAAUCCAGACCUGUUAUGAUUUUUCGUUUGAAGCAAGACUAUCAAAAGUUGCAUUCCCAUAAGAUGUUCACUCGUUUGCUGGCCUUUACACUGGAGGUGGCCAUUUCGACCAUGCCAAAAAACGUAGAACAAUUCGUGAUACUUUUUGACGCAAGCUUUUACAGAUCAGCAUCUGCUUUCAUGAACCUAUUGCUACCAGCACUGAAAAUUGUGGCCGAGUACUACCCAGGAAGGCUAUGCAAAGCGUUUGUCAUAGACCCUCCCUCGCUUUUCGCUUACUUGUGGAAGGGUGUGAGGCCGUUCGUGGAGUUAUCAUCAUGGACGACGGUGGUAUCAUCGUUGGAUUUCGAAGAGUCGUUGGACUUCAACGACUUCGCUGCAUACCCGCGAGCCUCGUCCCUCCGAUUCGAAGGCGCGAGCGUGAAAUCGACGGCGAAGAUAGGGUCGUGCUCCUCGUCGCGGUUCUCCUUCACCGUAUCUCAUCACCUUGACUCGUUGAAGCCAUGGUACCUGAGCCUGGCCGACACGUCAGCAUCGAAAGUGGGACCCACGAGUCCCUCUCCAGCACUCAUCUCACCGCUGAACGCGCGGUCGCUCUCGUUCGCGUCGCCCGUCGCGAGAACCCCCCGCGGCCCCCCGGCCACCAGAAAGGGCCUCUUCCCGUCCACCCCCCUGCCGCAGCGCGUGACGGAGACGCCGCGGACCUCGUUUCUUCAGUCGCCGGCGACGUUCUUCCGGCGAGAGAGCCACGUCGCCGCGAAGGGAGAGAGGUGCCGCGAAUCGUUCUUGCCGUAUGUGAAGUUCUACCGAAGACCGUACGACGAGAUGGUGUAUAGGUCAAAGAUGCGGCCCCCACUCGGCGGCCUAAUCUCCAUUGUUUCUCGUCACAUUAGAAGUCGCCACGUUUCCGUUUCUCAGCGUUUCUAAUAUUUUAAUUCCAAAAGUUUUAAUCGAAAUACUACUACACCGCAAUCAACGCCUCCGAUUACAUUACCACUGCCAGUUUUUUCCCCUUCUUGCUCAGUACAUAGUAUUAUUAUAUUUGAAUAUGUAUUAUUACUGUUAAGUAGAUUCUUGAUCCUCAAUUUCAAUUUUCAAGUUCCCUCGUGCGGUUAGUCGCAUUGAUCAA